AUGGAAAGAUGGCGGCAAAAGUAUGGCGAUGUUUUCAAGCUCAAACUUGGGGUAGCGGAUAUUGUCGUCGUGAAUGGUGAGGCGAUAUACGAAGAUCUUGAGACGAAAAGUGUUGAUUGUAUGGGCAGCCCCAACAAUGGUCGUUAUAAAAUGCUGACAGGCUUUCAUGACAUCUUAACAGGAACAUCUGAUGAAAAAUGGAAAUAUUUUCGGAAAGUCGCACAUCAAAGACUGAGGCAAUACGGGAAGGGAGUUUUGAGAAUUCAAGAACUGAGCCAGGAUCAAAAUUUGAAAUGCGUUGAAGCUUUUCUAAUAUAUAACGGUGAACCUUUUAACCCCAAUGAUGACAUGUGGCACACAAUGGCCAAUGUAGCUACAAUUGCGGUACAACAGCUUAGGGAUAAAAGGAAUAGGCACACUAUUUACAACAUUAACAUGAAAGGCUUGAUGAUCAAAUGCGCAAUAUUAUGCCUUGGCUGUAUCUCAAUCGGGGCAGCUCAGACGAAACCAGGUGGAACUGGACAAGGAGUCACCAAAGCUGAUCUUCUGAACCUUAAGAAUGCGGUCAAUACAUUGGUUACGAGUCAGACAACCUUGAAAGAAUACAUUACGGAUGAAUUAGCCAGCAUACGAGACGAGGUAUCAAAUCUGCGGGAUGAUGUGUCCAAUUUAAGGGAUGGUGAAUCCAACGUUAGAGACAAUGUUCUUGAAAUAAAAGAAAAUAUGAUUGACCUGAAAAAGCAGAGAGAUGAUACUGCUGACAGUGGGGUCUCUUCUAAAGGGGUUUGCAAUGCAUCAUUGGUAGCAGCAGAACUUAAAGACGACCUUACUGGUAUUUUGUGUGAGCAGAAAAAUAGAUCGCAUUAUGGUCAGCAAGUAGUACAAGAUGAAUGUUUGAAUGAAUUUAUGCUUACUGGAGAACAUCACAGGUUUCUUGACAGCAGUUUAACAGCCUCAUCAGAACUCUUUUCGGUUAGAUCUGCAAGACUUGGAGCGAGUCAUGGCUGGGUUCCUAAAGAAAGAGAUCUUCAUCAGUGGAUCCAAUUUGACCUCGGUGAAGUAUGGCAGAUAAAUGGCGUAGUAACACAAGGCUUUGCUAAUGGGGAUUGGUGGGUGAAGUCUUACACAAUCUCACACAGUCUCCAAGGGACUAAUUCAUCAUUUACCGAAAUUGUUAAGGCAGAUGGCCAUGUGACAUUCAGAGGAAAUAAAGAUAGACAUACACCAGUAAUGAACACUUUUCAGUCAGUCAAAGCAAGAUACAUCCGAAUCGGACCGAAAAGUUGGCAUGGUGCCCCUGCCUUACGAUUUGAUGUCAUCGCGUGUCACCAAUGA